AUGAAAUCGUCUAAUUUUCUAUUUUUAUUCUUUCUUUGCCAAAUUUCUGCUUCCUAUCAAGAGUCUUGGGAUAUCAGCAGAAACAAAGAUUCGGAAGGGUUUACAAGUUUAAGUCUUCAUGUCGAAGGAUUGGAGUAUUACACACAUUUUUUUGCAAGGGAGGACCGUCCUACAAAGAUUACUGAUGGUGAGAAUUUAAUUUGGCGUGGUAACAACAAGAAAAAGUGCCUCGGUUACGUUGUACACUAUGAAAAGGGAGUUCCAGCCCUGGUGAAGCUCUUUACAUUUGGAUCUAAUUCUGCAAUUCUCAUGAAAUAUUCCGAAAGGAUAGUAACAAGGCCUGAUUCAGGACAAGAAACAGUUGAAUGGAGAAGAAUCAAAAUGGAGGAACACAAGGAGAAAACAAGGAAGCUAUACAACCUGCCAAAUUCUAAAAAUUAUAUACUUAACGUUAGAAGUAAAAAUUCGCGCAAUUUUGAGGUUAAGGAAAUAAAAACUCAAGACCUUUAUACCACAGAAUACACACUAAUAACCGCAGCUUCCGUUACUAAGGUGAUAUACGGCCCACUUAUCCUAUGGGAAAAUCAAGAGGGAGAAGAAUGUCACAGAGUUAGCGUGGAUCAUGACGGCGGCGACACAGCAUUUAUAAGGAUCCUCAUUAUAAACCCCCUUUACAUUGGAAAACAAAUAUAUUUUAAAGUAAAGGGAGAUAGCCACAUGCAAAUAACCUACAGAUACUACUUUUCCUGGUUACUUUCAAGAGUAAGAGAGCCUAAGGAAACUCCAACCAAUCCCCAGGACGAAGCAGAUGGUGCAUGCAACAAAGGGAAAGAACUUGAACAAAACGUACCCUCGAUUUUGGAUAUAAACAGCACAGACUCAAAACAGUUUUUCAUUAGCAGAAUAGGCAAACGGAGUAAAUGUCAUCGCAAGUACAUCCCAAAAUCUGGACACAUUGCCAAAGUAGUAGAGUACAAAAAAGAGCUAUGGAGAGCUAGAGAAGGCGAAAUUUGUCACACCGCUAUCCUACUAUUUAGAUCUAGAAGACCAUCCCUAUUUACUCUGCACAUUCGAAACCUUAGCGGUGAAGAAACAUCAAUAUGCUUCACGAGGAGUGGAGGAUUGUGGAGAGCCCAAAAGGUAUAUGAAGAAAUCCUGGACGACUGA